AUGCGUUCGUCGUUUGGGCUCGGAUCGAAGGAACGGAAGACACGGAGUGCGCGCGGAUUGAUUUCGCCGGCACCGGACGGGUUGGAACCCGUGAUCGUGUGCGGAAUGGCGGAGUCGUUCAACAGGAGGUGCGUCGAGCCUGUGGGGGAACACUACGAGGUCUUGAUGGAGAGGUAUUGGGGAGUGGAGGAAACGGGAGAGUAUCUCCUUGAAGACGAGGUCGACGAGCAGCCGGAAGAGGAAGAGAAGUUUGAUUCGCUGCCACGUCGAACGAGGAAAAAAAAUCUAGAGGAUUUGUACGAGAUGCUCGGUCUCGGUCACUUGCGCUGGCUGGCCACGAGCGACCAGAUCCGCCAGGCGUACAGGAAGAAGGCGCUGCUGUGUCACCCGGACAAGUCGAGCGACAAGGACGACACGCUCUUCAAGGCGGUGAACCGCGCGUGGAGCAUCUUGGGUGACGACCACAAAAGGCGCCAGUAUGACAGUUCUGAGCCUUUUGACGAUAGAAUACCGAACGCGGGCUCCAUCGGGAGCGACAGGGAGUUCUACGCCGUAUUUGGCGUCGUUUUCAAGAGAAAUGCCAAAUGGUCCAAGCGCAAGCCGGUGCCAGACCUCGGGAACGAGCAGACGCCGAUUGACCAAGUGAAGUCUUUUUACAAGUUUUGGAGCUCCUUUCAGAGUUGGAGAGACUUUGCCUAUUUGAACGAGUACAACGUGGAGGAAGCGGAGAAUCGCCAAGAAAGGCGCUUCAUGGAGAAGCAGAACAGCCUGCUGCAGUCCAGGAAGCUCAGGGAGGAGAGCGCGAGGGUGAGCAGGUUGGUGAGUCUGGCGUACUCGUUGGACCCGCGAAUCAGAGCCGAGAGUCAGGAGGCGGCGCGGAAAAAAGAGAAGCGCCGAAAGGAGAAGUCGGAGGCGGCCAACGCGGAGAAGGAAAGAAAGUCGAGAGAACAGGCAGCACAGGAGCAAGAGAGGAUUCAAAGGGAAGAAGAGUCAAGGAAACGAGUGAAAGCUUUGGAAGAAAAAUUGCGCUCGAUUUUGGUAAACGAGGAAGAAGAAGUGAAGAACCAAGCGGACACUCUGAUCAGCCACAAAUAUCUGACGGAGAAGACGUUGAACAGACUGGUCGAAAGUGGCAACAAUGACUUAGAACGCGUAAUAAGGACGAUUCGAAGCGAACACUCAAAAAUGAUCCGCAGCAAGGACCCCCGAUUCGGCCGAACUCAGCCCGGUCACCAAACAGCGGCGCUAGGUGGUAAAGCGGCCGACGACCAACUAAGCACCGCGGAAUGGACCCAAAACGAACUCAGCCUCCUCGUGAAGGCACUCAGUCUGUACCCCGGCGGGACCGUCGACCGCUGGAAGCACGUCGCCGCCCACCUGAACCACCGCAGGACGGAAGCGGACAUCAUCUCGCGGGUCAAGGCCAUGAGGCUGGAAAUGAAAAGCGGCGCUCGUACAAACAUGUCAACCUAUCAAAAAAAUUCAUUUGGUACAACGCCGAAAAAUUCUGAAAAUAGCAAUAAAUUGGCCAACGGAUCACUCGGCUUCGCGACCCAGCAAGACGGAGGCCGACAGGCCGCGGCGACGGGUCCCGCUCGCUCCAAAGACGGGGCCGCGGCCGGCCAGAGAAAUUGGACCACUGCCGACCAGGCGGCACUGGAACAGGCACUCAAGAAGUACUCACCGCUGACGCCGAACCGCUGGGAUUUGAUCGCGCAAGAGGUCCCGGGCAGAACGAAGCUGGAAUGUAUCGAAAGAUUCAAGUACCUUGUUGACAUAAUAAAGAAAAAAAACUGAACUGGCGCUAGU